ACAGAGUGGAGAGGAAGGGAGAGAGACAUAGUAAGGAGGUCUAGGAACUAGAGAGAGUUGUUCCCGGUGAUACAGUGCAGACAGACAGACAUAACUAUUUUUCCUCCUGCAGCUUCCACAUGCACUGUGGCGACACUAGUGUGUUUUAAACAUCCAGUGCAGGCAACAGAGAAAGGGAGUUGCCUACUUGCAGAGGUCAGGCAGGCAGAGGGGAAGCCGGUGGAUGUUUUUAAGAGUUUGCUUAUCUGACACUGACAACAGGAUGAGAAGCUGAGUGAGGGAGCAGAGAGGGGAGAAAAACAUGGAGAGAGCAGCAUUACCUACAGCCCAUGUAUAUAGGAGACAUAGAAGAGACAGACACAGGUUACCUUGAGAGAGGUAAAAAAAGAGAAGAGGUAAAUAGUCCACUUUGCCCAUUCUGUCCAAAGGAGCGGGAGCGAGAGCCGAGGGAUCGUAACACUGGAGCUCAAGGAUAAACCAUGGACUCUGCAUACAUCCCACCACACCUGGACGUCCACCAUGUUCCCUGCUAACCUCCUGCUCCUCAUGGUCCUGCUGCUACCUCAAGCCUCGUCUGGUCGCCAGGGUGGAGACACCAGCAAGAUUGACCAUGGCAGGGUGCCUUCCUCCUUGUCGCCCCCACCGGCUGGUCCCCUCCUCCUGGAGCCCAGUCUGGCUCAGACCAUCCAGAAUCUCCUCCUGAGCCGUCUGGGCCUGCAGUCGCGACCCAACCCUCGGUGGGAAGUGCCAGUGCCUGGGUACCUCCUGGAUCUUUACCGCUUCCACCAGCAGCAGUACCAUCUAGUGGAGGACCCUUCGUUUAGCUUCCCCAGCCAGCACAUCCAGCAGGCUAACACCGUACGCAGCUUUCACCACACUGAGUCCCUUGGUGACAAUCCCAUAGCAGUGGAUCGUAAGAGGGUGCACAUCUCCUUCAAUGUUUCCUCCAUCCCUCAGGAUGAGAGGGUGCUCUCCGCUGAGCUUCGGCUCCUCCGCAGUUACAGAGCCUCCCUGGGUCCUGGGGCCCACAGACUAAACCUUUACCUCACUGAGCAUCAUAAGGACCCUGAGCCCACCCUGCUUGAAACAAGGUUACUCACCACGGGCCUCCACAGUCAUAAAGCAAGUGGUUUCUGGGAGGCCUUUAGCCUAAGUGCAGAGCUUCUCCAUAAGGCCCUUGCUGGGACUGGCAGUCUGGGCUUCCUCCUGGAGGUCAGACCUGAGAACAGCACCGCCUCGCUCCCUGACCAGCGCUUCUUCUCUGCAGCAGGUGAGAAGGAGGCAGAGAAACACAAGCAGGGACACCUGAGGGUAUGCAGGUCUGUGGGUCAAGACGAGCAAAGCUGGGCCCAGGAGAGACCCCUCUUGGUGACUUAUAGUCAUGACGGGCGUGGGGAGCCCUUAGUCAAACAUGGCAGGAGGACCCCCAGUGGAGGCCAGAGAAUGAGAGGAAGAAAAGGGACAAAAGAGAGGGCCAGGAGCAGCAGCAAGGGCCGCAAUAGAGACCAAGCCUCUGAGAGGGCCAAAAAAACGGGGUAUAGAGUGCCGGGCUGGGGGGGUGAUAAUAGAGGGGUCAGUUGGAGCGAUAGUGGUAGGGUGAAAAGAAACGGUGGUCGUGCUGCGAAACUGAAACGCCUUUCUCGUAACAGAUGCCGCCGUCAUCCUCUAUAUGUAGAUUUCAACGAUGUGGGCUGGCACAAGUGGAUCAUUGCACCCAGCGGCUACGAUGCCUUCUUCUGCCUGGGAGAGUGUCGCUUUCCUCUGGCCGACCACAUGAACUCCUCUAGCCACGCCAUGGUGCAAACUCUGGUAAACUCUGUGAAUGGAGCAGUGCCCCGGGCCUGCUGCGUCCCCACCUCCCUCAGCCCCAUCGCCCUGCUCUACCUGGACCCUCAAGACCGAGUGGUGCUGAAGAAUUACCAGGACAUGGUGGUGGAGGGCUGCGGCUGCCGGUAGUGGGCUGGAGAACUCACCCAGAGAAAGCCAGACGUGGACGGAGGAGCAUCGAGGGAAUAGAAGAAAGACGGAAGCAUGAAAAGGCAGAUGGUGGGAAGAAGAGACUGUAGAAGCUAGCUAACUGCAAACAGACAUGGAGACUGAUAGAGACAAAUGUAAUGUGUAGCAUAAGGAGGAUGAGUGGAGAGAAGGGAGAUAAGGGAAUGGAUGUAGCAGCUGAAUCUUCAUUAUCAGGAGCAAGAAAAUACGGUCAGACAGAAAGAGAAAGAAAAAGAGUGGGAGAAACAGACAUAAUCUGCCACACUAAAGGAUAAAUAGUUAGACAAUAAGGCAGUGGAAGCAGAAAUAUGGUCAACACAGGUAAACUGCCAGGAAUUACUUUUCACUUUUUCCCAUUUAGUGAUGAUGCAGCUGUUUACACCACCAAAUGACUAGACAGCGCUUUAACAUCAGAUGGUGUCUAUUCUAUAUCCCAGUGUUUGCCACUCAUCUCACACACACACACACACACACACACACACACACACACACACACACACACACACACACACAACUGUCUGACAGGCACAUGCAUAUGUAUUUAGCAGCCGAAAGGGUAAACAUUCAGAGUAGGCAGUCGUGGACACACUUCAGCUCUGGAGCAGAAUCCUGUAACUCCCUGAUGGACUUCCUGAUGAUCAACAGCAUUAAGCAAUACGACAAUGGCACUAGCACGGCAUCUAAACUUUGUGACAGUGUUGUUUCUGCAGUAUUUAAACGAAGAAGUAGGGUGCAUCUGAUUUUACAGUAUGAACGUUAAUAUAAUGACAGACUGUCCCCUUUACAAGCACCCCUACAUCACAAGCUAUUUAAAACCACAACAAUAAUGCUGAGGAACUAUUAUGCUAUUGUUUGAAUGUACUACUAUCACUAUUAUUUAAAAAGAGACUUUUUUUUACAUUUCUUUUGCAGAUGUGAAGAAAAGUGAUGGUUGUCUUGUGAUUAUACAUAAUUCCACUUAAAUUCUAACUUAAAAGACACGUUAUGUAUUUAAAUAGCAGCAGUAUGGUGUAUUUAAUCUUAAACAUAUUUAAGAUACCUGCACUCAACAGAGCAAACUGAAAGCCUGCCGUCCACAUGAAGUAAGUUAUAGUAGCUUUACGUCCAUACAAAUGUUCAGUGUAUUGAAUCAACAGUCUGUGUUACUUCAACUUCUCACCUUAGCAUUGCACACAUUUUGAUGUCCUACACAUGAAAGCAGACAUGUAAGUGGUGUUGCCUUUAAAAGCUCAACUAACAAGUCAAUUGAAAGCUUUGUGUAUUGUAGCUUUUGAAGUGUGUAACAACAGGUGUCUUUGCUAGUUGUGUCUGCAUGUGUCAAGAAAAAAAGGAGGACUGACAUUAAAACUGGGACUUUAGUGCCUUUCAAACAGGGGCUUUGAAAGUGUUCUCUGCUGAGCUUAGUAAUUGUUUUUCAGUGUUGCAUUUCUCUCCCUCAAUGGAAACAUUUAAGCAACAGCUUGUAAAAUGUUUGACAAUAUACCUCUAAUAAACAAAGCAAACAGCA